CAAUUGUUAGACAUUGAGAUCAGAAUGCCAUCAAAAAUCAGUUCCAGGAGAGCCAACAAUGCUGUUUACAAUUUACAUCAGUUUGAUUUUCAUGGAGACGAGGCGGGUAAUGCAGAUUUUCCAAGAAAGUAUGCUCAAGCUUUGGAAUGAAUGGGAGGUCGUGCCACAGUUCUACUUAGCCUCUUCCUACAAAUUGUCGUCAUCAACUUUGGCAUCCGACGAAAGUACACAGUUAAACCCUGGAUCAGAAUCCUUGUUUGGUUUAAUUCUCGUCAGCAGAUUGGGUGGCAACUGUUUCACCGGGUACCCUUUCCAACAGCCAAGGAGAUUUAGGGGUACCCUCUCCGACAGCCAAGGAGAUUUAGGCUUCGUGUGAUAAUGCUUUCCAAAAUAGUUUUAAAAGGUAGUUGUAAACAACAGAAAAUUAUUUUUUUUGAUGUUUUUUAAAUAAA